CUUUUCGGCACUUACAGUCUCGUUAUCAAAUCACCUUCAAUAUGGCGACGGGGGACGUGAGAAGCGAAGACGAACUUGGGGAAAAAUGGGACCGGUGUCUACAAGACGGUGGAAUAAAAAUUGCUGGAAGCACAGCAGUUGGCUUUGUGUCUUCAAUGCUGUUAUGUAAACGACCACAUGCCUGGCCCUUGACCCUGGGAAUAGGUAUUGGAAUUGGAAUGGCUUUCACCAAUUGUCAGCGAGAGUUUCAGAACCCAUAUCUUUUAUUUGGACAAAAGUUAAAGGUUGUAAAAAAAGAUACUACAACACAGGAAGCGUGAAGAAAGAAUGGUAGUUAGUUUGACAUUUUAGAACAUUUAUAUACACAGACACUGUGAAGAAAAAAGUGCACUGCCAUAGAUGUGGAAUUUCUUCCUGAUUUACAUAAUCAGUUCAAGUUUUGUGAGAUUAUUGCUACUUAGCGUUUAAAUGAGGAUGGAAUUAUUGAUUCCUUAUCAAGGAAAAGCUUUUUGGGGCUGAUAUUCACUUGUUAUUGCCAUCUUGAAGAUAUGGAGUCUUUGGCAAAUCUCAUUGCUGAGUGACAAGGCAGAUGUGAACAUUAUCAUGACAACUGUGGGUGUUCUUAAAGAACAGCAGGGAGGAAUAUUUCUUCAACUUUCACAUUUUGAUGUUUACUUAAUGUUUAAUAAUAUACUGAAUGAGUAAAAAUGCUAUGUC